AUGUUCCUCCCCUCACCACGCAUAAGACGCCUCCUCAUCCUCCUCUUCCUCGCCUUCCUCGUCGGCAACGCCCUCUUAUUCCUCGUCCUACCCUACGACAACCCCCUCGUCCUCGCCAUCCGCUUCAACACCGCCAGCCUCAAGAACUGGUGGCGCGGUCCCGGUACUGAAAAGGACGCAUGGCUGUACGAGCCUGCCAAGUUCCCCAUCGAGUACCGCACCGACGUCGGCCUGCUCAUCAAGACGGGCUACGGGACCCGCCACCGGCUCACGGCCCAGCUCGAGGCGUUUGAUCUCACGGCGCGGGAUAAGGAUACGUUUGUGGUCGUGGGUGACUGGACGCCGCGGGAGAAUGGGACGAUUGCCGGGGUGAAAGUGCACGAUGCCAUUGGCGGCGUCAUGGCGAUGCCGGAGAUGAGGGCGCAUCAUGAUGCGCCCAAGUUUAAGGAGUAUCUCGCCCUCAAGGAUGCCGUGCAAAAGGGGGAUGAUGCCAAGGCAACUGAGAUUGGCCAGAGUUUCGGGUGGGACCUUGAUGCGCUCAAGUUCAUCUGGGGCCUCGAAUACAUCUACGAUAAUCUCCCGCAAAAGAAAUGGUACGUCAUCGUCGACGAUGAUACCUACCUCGUCAAAUCCUCCCUCCGCCUUCUCCUCGCGCACUGGAACUCGGACGAGCCGCAGUACAUUGGCAACGCGGUCGGUGACUUCAAGGGCCGCUUUGCACACGGGGGAUCAGCCGUCGUAAUAUCGCACGAGGCGGCGAAGCAGCUCCUCUCGCGGCGGGACGUCGUGGCCGCGGCGCAGGAACACUCGCUCGAGGAAACGUGGGGUGAUAAGCUCGUCGCGACAGCAUUUCAGAAGAUUGGAGUGUACCUCGACGAGCGAUAUAGCCACUUUUUCAAUGGCGAAAGGCCAAAUAUCAGUAAGAUGAUGGCGGACCGAUUCUGCUCGCCACUAGUUUCGUUUCACGGCGUGGCGGACCCGGCUGAGAUGAAGAAGGUUGGACGGGCGUUUGCGGACGAGAGGAGUCCGGUGUUUUGGGGCCAGCUGUGGGAGAUUUACGGCGCGCCGUCGGUGGAGGAGUUUAGGAGGAUGCCGGUUCGGACGGGGCGGGACUAUGUUGGGAGGAUUGACGAGCGAGCGAGGAUGGUGCACGCGGUCGAGAGCGCGGAGGCGUGUUUGAAGGAGUGUGAGGGUAUGGGGAGCAAGUGUUUGGCGUGGGCUUGGGUCGAGCAUACCUCGGAGUGCAAGCUCAGCCCGUGGAUGAUUCUUGGGGAGGAGGUAGAGGGGCAUUAUUCGGGGAUCAACACGGACCAAGUUGAGAAGCUUCAAGAGAGUUGUUAA